AUGAUCGUUCUAGCGGUGGAGUUCCUUGGAGCGAUCUCCACGAAAAAGGCGACAUGGAAGCUGGUCCGAGUUUGGAUUCCUGUGAAUCUUAUAUUUGUCGGCAUGCUGGUGACGGGCAUGUAUAGCUUGAAGCACAUAAAUGUUGCAAUGGUGACAAUAUUAAAGAACAUGACAAAUAUUUUAACCGCCUUUGGGAAAUCUAUCUUUUUCAAGAAGCGCCAGAAUGGAAAAGUUUGGGUUGCUCUUUUUCUAAUGAUCGUAUCAGCUGUUAAUGGCGGCAUUACAGAUCUAUCCUUUGGUGCGAUGGGUUACACAUGGCAAAUUAUGAACGCGUUCUUACUGACUAGCUAUUCAUUGACACUCAGAAAAGUCAUGGACACAGUGAAGCGAUCGGUCAAGUCCGGUUCAUUGAAUGAAGUUUCAAUGGUGUUCUUGAACAAUUCACUAUCCGUACCAUUUGCCAUAGUCUUGAUCAUUCUCUCGGAUGAAUGGGGAUAUGUCUCUAAGGAGGGCGUUAUCCGACUACCUAUGUUUUGGGUUCUGCUAGAUGAAAGUGGAUUGCUUGGAGUGGCCAUUAGUUUUACAUCAUUGUGGUUUCUAAACCAAACAAGCCCCACUACUUACAGUUUGGUGGGAUCAUUAAACAAGAUUCCAAUAUCAAUCUGUGGUAUUUUGCUCUUCAAGGUCCCUGUGAGCUUGCCAAACUUGUUUAGUAUCUUUGUUCGGGUUUUAUUCUUUGGUGUAUUCUUCGCUAAGGCCAAAAUGUCCUGA